UAGGUUUGAACACAUAUGUUGGUUUCUGAAAAGUACAAAGAAUACUCAUCAAUAGUCUAGUAUAGAAGGAUACUUUAAAGUUCAGCGAGAACUAUUUAUUGAAUUUUAUCUGAUCUGGUGUGUAGACACAGGAAGUUCAUGGACGAGUGCUAACUUUACUUUUCUCAAAGAAACAACUGCUUGGAAUGAAAGAAAUGUUGUGAUGUACAAUGCCGAGUUUUGGACUACAGCCUCACAGGUGUCGGUGCUAGAAAGGAGUUUAUAAGAGACUAGAAAAUGUCGGAGCAAGUCCAGGGAGUAGAGGGGGAGAACGGAGGAGAUGUCACCACUGACAGGAGAACCCCGAGCAUGGACAGGGUGCCCACCCCAGAGAGCAUGAGCCGACCAAAGAGCACAGCCAGUGGAGAUAUUGUGUUUGAGGCAAAGAAGAAGAAAAGGAGGGGUGGGACUCCCUCCUCUGUUGCUACAGACGAUGGACAUGAGGUGACCUUCACGGUCACCAUAGCAAUUGCUGUGCCCACAGUUUAUGCAGAACGUGAGGACACAUCAUCUCCAGCCACACAGUGACAGUGACUAAGGAGAUGCUCCUGCAGAUGUUCACACACAACGUGGAGCUGAGGGUGUGGGACACCAAGGACAAAUGCUCCACCCGCGCCAGAUUUGACAGGCCGAAAGCCUUCAGACUGCCUCAGCCCAAGCCAGGUGAAAAACCAGAAGACAUUGGAGGGGUCAAAGCCAUGGUGACCAAGCAGAUGAAGAAUUUCCUAAACCAGCAGCCAAAAAAGGGUGUGCCAGUGCGACCUUUGCCCUCACAAGUGUCUGUGCCAAAUUUGUACGGCAGCCGGAAGCACUCUAUGUCAGCUGCCGAGAGUCGUCGCAGCAGGUCAGGAAUUAUCUCCCCUACAGCCUCCUCAAAGACUCUGGUAGCUGUUCCCAGCAAGGAUGGGAGAGAUGGACGAGCUUUCAGCCGUCUGGGACAACUGGCAGGGACUGAGCGGCUUGAAGAGAGGUCAUCCCCAAGGGAAAAGAAGGGAGGUGCAGGAGGUGGGGGUAUACUUUCCGCCAAAAAAGAUUCCAAGAGUGUCACUCCCUCUCCCACCAAAUCCCCGGCCAACUCCCGAGCUCCAACCAGAUCAAACGCAGCCUCACUGGAACCUGGUGAUGACAAAUCUGUGAGGAAAGCGUCGAGUAACAAGGAAGACAGAGAACUCAAGAAACAGCUGGCAGAGCAAGCCAGGGCUAACGCUGAACGCAUAAAGAAAUAUGGCAUCUGCAUGAUUCCUCUUCGACUGGCGCUUCUUUUUGGAGACUGCAAAGUUGUUGCGAGUCGCCUGGAGAAGCCACUUGCCGGUGUCGAGGACGUGUUUCUUGGUGUGUCCGUCAACCUGCCCUUGCUCUCCCCUUCCCAGAAGGAAGAGCUCAACCCUAUGAUCAUACAAGUGAAAAAUGUCUCAAGUCUCCCCUCAACACCACUCUCAUACGCGGAUCUGAGGUUGAAGUGUCACCCAGUGUACUGUAAGUACCGGUUCUUCAAAGAGCCAGAACAUGUCACCCCAGGCAAAGAACAUGACAAAGAUCUCUACUGGGAGGACACGAAUGUGGUUCUUUUAGGUACAAUGGAAAAGUCGGAGCUGAGAGAAUAUCUCAAUGGGCCACCAAUGGAGAUUGAGGUCCACGACCGUGACCGUAAACCUGAGGAAGUGGCUCUGAAGCCAACGUUAUUUGGUGAUGACUUGGAGGAUGAGAAAAUUGCCAACGUGGGGACCGUUGAAAGUCGUCGCACUAUUCACAAUCCGUUUCAUGGGAGAGACAAACCCUGGGACCCGUAUGGUGUGGCUCGCCUCGACCUGUCGGAGCUGUUGCUGGGUCACCGUUACCUGGAGAUCACCGUCCCAAUCCACAACUGCCCUGUGCCGGAUCUGCUGGGCCUGGACACGUCAUCCUCAGGGAAGAUAGUGGGUGUGGCCGGGGCUGUGGAUGGCCCAGUUGAGCGACCUCUAUCUGCUGGUCACUACAUCCAGGACACGGCCAUGCUGAAAGUGAAGAUUAAACUGGCUCACCCACUGACCACUCCACAAAAACUGGCGUCUAAAGAAUACAUCCCAACUUCUAAGGAGUGCCCAUUCUCCCGCAUCAUCUUCCUGUUUGGCUACCAUAACUUGACCAUGCUGCACCAGCUCCAAGCUUUGAUCAUGGGCUUCAACGCACGAGCUUUGGGACUGGACACAAUGCCACAGCAUGUCAUCGAUGCAGCAUUGUCAACAUACAAACUGUCUGUUGUACAGCAGUGCAGCCUUGACCUUGACAUAGUGACCGGCUUCCACGUGUUGGACGGAGAGCACCAUCUGUUUGUGUUGGAGGGACUGAGGGACAAAGCUAUCGGCAAGCUGUGGGAGGCCCUGCCACAGCCAGAGAACUCUGAUGUUCAAGUGUUGUUCAACUCUGAUAUGAGCUUUGGCAAGCGUCUGUACGGGCCUCUGGAUGUUGACCUGUGCCGGGUCAAGCUGCACGAGCCUCUGUCCCUCAUCGUGCAGCAGUCUCUGCUAUAUGUCAGAGACAUGGUACUGCGCCCCUGCUUUGACGCUCUCAUCAAACUUGACCAGAUGACAAAGAUGGAGAAGAUGACGGAUGUGGUGAGGAGCGAGUUGUUCCCGACAGCGGACAUGAUUGUUUCUAUGAGCCGAGAGUUUGGCGUACCCUUCACCCAGAAGGACUUUGAAGACUUGCAUCCGUCAGCCCAGGAGGAGGUGGUGGAAGCUCCAGUGUCUGUCCCAAAACCGUACCAGGCGGAGCCAUCGCGAGACUGGACUCCCAUCGACAACUUUAAUCCAUAUUACAUCGAGCAGCUCAGCAGAGGCCGGGAGAGGCAGAAUUACGUGGAGGCCAACAUUCGAGACGUCCAGGCUCAAAGUGAACUGUGCCGUGUGGAGCGAGAGAAGAACAAGAAGCCUCGCAUCUCUGUGGAGGUGGAUCCUGCCCACAAUUACAGCACUCAGUCGCUCAACUCCACAGAGCUGGCAAGGGAGAAAUUAAGGCAGUACCUGAAUGAAAAAGACCCAACAGCUAGAUAUGCCUACAACCAGGAGUUUAUGUCGGCGAUGUUCUGCCCUGCUAAUGUAGAACUGGAGGCAAAAGCGGCGGCGGCAGAAGACCGGGCCAUGUGGCGUACCUCUGAGGGUUGGAUAUUCCCGGGCAUGAAGAGCACCAAGGACAGCAACGUGCACCCAAGACGACCGGACUUUGCUCGGCUUGAUGAGCUCAAAGAGGAAUGGAUCGAGAACAUACUUCAUGCUAAUCAGUUCAAGUCUCCUCUAGACCGGGGUCGUUUCCCUUGGCCUGAACGGCGGGAAGACCUUGAACUCUACGCUCAACCAGAGCCUGAUUUUGGCAACAAGGAGCCACUGUCAAUUCACCUUCCAGGGGUGAAACAAGCGGAGGAGAAGAUGGCAGUGAAAGUUCAACAAGCAGAGGAUUGGAAAUCCCGUAUUGUUGUGGACGACAUUCGCCAGCAUUUCCACCGUGUGCUCCCUGAGACGGAGCUGCGCCAGAAAGGCUUCUACUCCAGCAACCAGCUGGACAGGCUUCGCGGGCUGCUGAAAGACCCGCUGCACAAGUCUGGCUUGCAGGGAAUUGGUCCAGAUGUGAACGCCAUCCCACCGUUGUCUGUGGUCAAUGACCCGCUGGUUGACACGGAAGCCCGACGCCUGGGUCUACCACUGCACCCGGCUGUCCCAGAGGAGGCUUACGGGAGAUUUGUCGGCUUCAACCCGGGUCAGUUUGACCACACGUGGGCGGCGGACGACAAUCACAUCCCGUGUUACGACUACCAUCAUCAGGAGUUCAAAGAGCUUAAGGGCCAGGAUUUCAAUGCAUAUCACAAGUCUCGGAACAAGCUAAGCCAGAGGCCCAUUGUGCGUCUUCGACCAGAGGAGAGAGAAAAUCACCUGUUCCGUAUUCCAGUAUUCUCUGCUCGCCGCUACCCACGACCCUUGCCUGCAGUAGGUGAGAGGUCCUUCUCUGCUCAACCAGGUCUCAGCCCGCAAUGCCAAGCCCAGCUGUGUGAGGCCAGGGCGUCGGAGUUUGCUCAAACUGCGGAGAGCUCGUCAGGGGUGUGUGAAGCUGCCAAUACCACCUGUCUCGAGUCGUCCUCAGGGAUUGAACGUCCUCAGCCCUCAGUCAGAGUAGCUGCUUAAUGGUACUUGCAUGACUAGUUUGUCUGCCUUUUUAAAAAAAAAGAAAAUCUUAGCGUCAAGCUUUUUAGAGAUGUUUGUCUCGCCUUUUUAAAAAAAAGAAAAUCUUAGCGUCAAGCUUUUUAGGGUUGUUUGUCACCAGGGUACUAAUGUGUGCGUAGAAGCUAGGACAGGUGUUGAAGCCCAAUACCCUGCAGUGAGGUUGGCUGCAUAGAUCAGGAACUGUUAAAAUUCAAGUUAAGCAAAAUUGUUGGAUGAGAGUAAUAUUGACCCAAAAAAACCAUAGCUGUGACAACUAGUUUAUUUUCAGAUAUCUUCCUCUCUCUAAUGUUUAAAUAUAAUCUGAAGAAUGUUCAAUGCCUUGUCAUGGCGUUUUAGCUGAAAUUUAAUAUAAUGUAUGAAGGCAAAUAUUUUUAUACAUUUAUUAAAUCUCAUGAUCAAUUCUAGACUAGCCCUUUUCUCUUCUGUCUACCUAUACACCAAAGACUGAAGUUGACAGGAGAAAAGCAUUGCCUCUGUACACUCAAUAAUUUUUUCCUGAAGCAAGUUUUAAAGGCUCAUGAUUUUUAUUCUGUUUAAGACAAGAAAGAUUGAUUUGACUGUUUGUUUGUAUUGGUUCUGUUCUAAUGCAUAUAUACAUUGUUCGUGGUUUUCAUUGUGGAAGAGACCGAGUGAAAAAGAUGAAGACUCUUUUAUAUAUGGGUAUUUGAUAGAAAAUUUAUCACAGUAUUAACAUUGAAAUAUAUUUACGUGUAACAUUUUAACAUUAUUUUUAUCAGUAUGCACUGAUAUAAAUGUGGUACAAAACCAAUGUGUGAGUGUACUGAAGUACUGAAUAUUUCAUGCUAUUUCAUUCUGCCAAAGUGUUACACAUUUUCGUCUUGCCAAAAGAUGUAUCUGUCUCAUUUCUAUGUAAGAAAGAUCUUGGGGUCAUGGGUUCAAACUGUUGUAGUACUGGGUUCAAUGUUGUAUCAGCUUUUUUUUUCCUUAGCCAGACCUGAAAAUAAGUCCUUUGGAAAGACUCUUCAUAAGAGUUUAUCUUUUCUUUAGCCACACCUGUAUACAUGAAUUGGGGAACCGUCUUGAACUUAGUGGUAAUUCUGUGAGAAGGAACUUCCCUUUUUUGGUGAACUUUAACUUUUUUUAAAGCUUUUUUUUUUCGUUUUAACUUUCAUUUCUUUCUGAAAACUAUGUUAGAAGUCAAAAUUGUACUGUCCUGUUUUUACAUGUCCAUGCAGUCUUUUUAUGUGUGUGUGUUUACAUGUGUGCUUACAGUUCUUGUGUUUCCCUUUACUUUUCAUAUGUCCAAGUACAUCUGUUCUAAACAAAAUGCGCACAAAUGUUUUGUCGGAUUAAAGAGAUAUCUUUUUUGGUGAGAUCUUUUUUAAGGGUUAAAAAGUGUGUGGGGGUCUAAGAUCUAAGUUUCUGCUUUCUUAUUCUGUUGCACCUGUCUAGUAUUUAGGGUUUAAUUUUUCUUUCUCUAUGCUUCUCAAACAUUACGUUAAUGUGCUUUUCAUUAGCCCAAUCCAAAAGAAGAUAUUCAAACUGAAAAGCUGAAUCUGUAGAUUACAACAUAAGCCUCAUUUUUAUGGUUAUGCAUGUACUUCUGUGUGCGUCCAUGUCCUGUAUGUUGAAGAUUUGAGUUUUCAUUUUAUUGUGUGUGACUUAUCUUUGUAAGUUGUCGUCUGUUUCAAUGUACUGUUUUUUUUCUUUAUAACCAUGCAAGCUCUGUUUGUGAUAUCUCUGAUACUGGA